GCCGGGAGCGCCGGGCUAACCCUCGACCCCAGUCGGUAGCCGGGCCGCGGACUCUCUCUGGAGUCACAGUCAUGGCCGGCCGAGCCCGCGGGUCCGCGCGCGCGCUGCUCGCCUCCCUGCUGGCGCCCGCGCUGGUGGCGCUGCUGGUGGCGCCGGCGCGGGGCCGGGGUGGCCGGGAUCACGGGGACUGGGCCGCGGCCGCGCUGGUGCCACCGCUGCCGCCCCGCGAGGACGCGGCGCGCGUGGCCCGCUUCGUGACGCACGUCUGCGACUGGGGCGCACUGGCCACCCUGUCCACUGACCAGGCGGUGCGCGGCUGGGCCUUUGCCGACGUCCUGUCGCUCAGCGACGGGCCCCCGGGCGCGGGCAGCGGCGUGCCCUACUUCUACCUGAGCCCGCUGCAGCAGUCGGUGGACAACCUGCAGGAGAAUCCACGUGCUACGCUGACCAUGUCUUUGGCACAGACUAACUUUUGCAGGAAGCAGGGAUUUGAUCCCCAAAGUCCACUCUGUGCUCACAUAAUACUGUCAGGAACUGUUACCAAGGUGAACCAAACGGAAAUGGGCUUUGCCAAGCAUUCCCUGUUUGUCCGGCAUCCUGAGAUGAAAACCUGGCCGUCCAGCCAUAAUUGGUUCUUUGCCAAGUUGAACAUAACCAACAUCUGGGUCCUGGACUACUUUGGUGGACCAAAAAUAGUGACACCUGAAGAAUAUUAUAAUGUCACAUUUCAUCAGUAAGUAUUUACACAUCUUUCUUCUUUCUAAUACUGCAACUUUGAUUAGCAGUCCUCGAUCUUUUAAAGCAAGGGGGGUCUUAACCGUUUCAUGUACCAUGAACCGACCCUUUUAGCAAGCUGGUAAAGCCUAUGACUCCCCCUCAGAAUAGUAGUUUUAGGUGUAUAAAAUACAUAGGAAAUACAACGGAAACAACUCUAU